UUUAAAACUACUUGUAAGCUGGCAACUACACGCUUGAGAUAAUCUGUUAGUCACUCACAGGAAAUGGGAUGUAUGGGUGCUAUGUCUGCCAAGUCUACAGAAUGUUCCAUGAGCACUGGUAUAGAAAUUCGCCGAGUUACUAGAGCAACCAAACACAUUGCAUUGCAACCAAUAGAAUCUACUGAGCACAAACCCGCCCUUGCAUCCAGCGCUUCAGAUACGCAUACUCCAAUCCUUAUCAAUACAUACUCUAACGUGUCUACCCAAAACACCACCACUUUAUUGGACGACAAACAGCAAAUGACUGACAAUAGUACCUCGCCUAGAAAACCUCACAAAAGGCAAGCAGACCAGACAUCAAGACGCAGUAUUAGAGAUGGUCGCAGGAAAAGUGCUAGGCACGAAUAUCCCGAGUCUGUCAAGGAUGAACUCGCCAAGAGUAACACUGGUGAUUUAUUACAGACAGAAAAAUCUAGGACUGAAAUUAUAAUUGGUGCUUAUAAAUCUGACUCGUUGCCCAUAUUGCAGCCAAAACAUUCCCUAACACCGAUGCUGUCGCCUACGGCUGGAGUAACUCUUAUGCUGCAGGACCUGCAGACCCAAACACCACUUUCUAAAACGAAAAUGCCGCAUCCAGGUACGCACUCCACAGCUCAGUCCUGUCAGCUUUUUGUCAAAAACUCUAUGACCUCGACUCACUCCUGUUCAUUCGACGAUAUUGCUCCCGUCACCUCUUCCUUGCACCGAGAAUCUUCAGUUUGUCUUGAUUCAUCUACUCUGCAACAUAACCAGCGGCAUGCAUUGCCAGUGUCCAUAGCAAUGACGAAACCUACAGCAUCACAUUUUCAAGGAAUGGCCACUCCAAGCGGCCAGCUGCGCACCCCAAUUGUUGAUGCUGAUUCUAUAUUCAAUACUCCACAGGCUGGAUUCUUGUUCACCAUUCCACAAUCAAGGGAGCACGCCAAGACACCCCAAUCAGCACUCCAACUUUCUUUAAAAUCUCGCAAUAAUGCACAUGUUGAAGCUAAUUCAGAACACUACUUUGAGCUAUUUAUUCAGGACUCGUUUCCUGACGACCCAUGCGAUUCGGAUAUGGUGAUUGACUUGCACAGUGAUGGCUUCAACGAUGCUAGCAACACUGCACAGACUGACUCUACACUUUUGACCAACUAUGAGAUUGACAAGGAGAAUGCCGUUUUGUCCGCGCCUGAUACUCACGCCACAAUGGCAUUGCAUAGUCGUCAGAAAGGUGCUCUUGAAUCUAUUGACAUCACACUAUUGCCAGAAUAUAGGAAUUUAAUUGGGCUGGCAUGGCAGAUUGAAGACAAUGCUUGCUCAUCACGUACCUUGCCGCCCAAGACUCCCGAGUCUACUCAAGGCAUCAAGAAGCGCCGCAUCUCACACUCUAGUCAAACCAACAUGAAAACACAUUCAAUGGCUGCAUCAGGACAAAAUUCAUAUAUGCGGCAAGAUGAUGCUGACUCGGAAAGUGUACCAUCAAAUCCUUGCUUGGAUUCUCUUGUCAAUGGUGGCAAAUACCAUACAGUUGUUGCAACUCAGUCGAGCAAUAAUUUACGCCGAGAAGGCCAUUUACGUAGUGCUGCAGCAACAAAACUAUGUUUUGAUCGUCCAAUCAAGUGUCCAAAGGCACUUUUAUCAAGACAAGAUUUGGCAGCAGCCACUAAUGCAGCUAUAUCAGAUUUGGGCACGUUGUCAAGCAAAGAUACCAAACUGUCUUCGACAGCACCUGCUCAUAUGAUGUGUAAUGCAAUAUCUCCAUCGGCUUUGAGUGCUCAUACAAUUGGUGAAAUGGUCGCAUCUGCCAAUUCUAAUCACGGCUCGUUGAGUCUUGCACAAGUUUCACCCAUAUUCACUGGUUGUGUUAGAAAGUACAAUCUUCGACCACGACCCACUGCUGCACCGCAAUCGUGGAUGGGAUACUCAAACUCUUCUUCAGAACAUACUGCAACACGACGAUUCCAAGUUCACGUUUGAGUCGUAUAUACCCAUUCACUAAGCAUACUGUGCAAAUCUCUGCUUGCUCGACUUUUGUAUAUACAUAUUUUUACAGGUCUUUAAAGUGCACUCUGCUCAAGAUGCAUUUUAAAAAGACGUUUUGGAUUUUGCUUGGUCAUCAUUUCCGCCUAAAUUUAUUACAAUUUUUUCUUUUGGCUGCACUUUUAAACAAAUUAAUUGCAUAGUUUGCUAUAC